AUGGCAAACGACCGACCUUUUGAGGGGCCUGUCCCUGUGAACGACGAUGAUAGAAGCAGCUGCGACGAUGAAACCAACUCCGAAUCAUCUGGUACACAGGUGCGAGAUACUGACGAGGCCUGGAGUGAUGCCGGUGAGGACUUUCAAGCCCAGAUCACCGAGGUCGAAGAGAGCCUGGGCGAGGCCCAAAACCAGCAGGCCCAAGCCGACUCGAACGAGACAUGCAACACCGUGCCUGAACACUCUUAUGAACGAGGCUGUUUCAUCUGGGCGCCCGCAGCUACAACUAUGCGACACUGGCCCUGCGCACGAUAUGCAGUCAUCACAUCUGAGGGGGACAUAUUCUACAAAUAUCUCACUGUCGUAGAAAACUUGCAGCAGAACAUCAACUGUCGUAAGCAAGGAUUUUUCCAAUCGCGAGAGUUCAUCGAAAUGGGACCACUUUACCUCAUGCCUGGUGACUGGAAUACUGCGAAGCUGUACCUGUUUAGGCGCAAAAACAGGCUGGCCUACAAGGUCUUUCGACCGGUGCUCAAGGUCCUACCAGGCCUCAAUGACCAAGCUCUUUGGCCCGAGAAGCCGAGUUUCGACCUGAAUGACCUGGAGCCAUGGCUGGAUUACCCUGACGGUCUGGAUAAGCAUUCGGCACUCUUUCCAUGUGUACAUGAACCCGCUUUCGGCGGCAAGCCAAUGAUUGCGAAGCUUUGGCUGACGCCUGCCUGUAUCCCCCGUGGCAUUGAGACGGAAAUGAUGGCAUACAGAGCCGCUGCAGGAACAGGUCUUACACCUGAAUUCAUCGGCCAUGUGACAGAACGUGGACGCGUUGUUGGGUUCCUAAUGGAAUGUGUCCAGGGCGCUCGUAAGCCUGUAUGGAGAAGGGACAGAGAAUCGUGUCGCGAGGCCGUGAAGCGAUUCUACGAAGCAACCGGCUGGCUUCGUGCCGACAAGGGAAAUCGCAGGCAUAAUUUCCUCAUCAAGGACGGAAACGCUUUGCUCAUUGACCUGUCGACGGCUCUUUCACCUGCAAACGUGCAACGUCGUCCUCAGGGCUGGGUUGAAGAAAUGCUAGGAGAAGACCUUGGUGGUUGUUGGUCCCUGUAG